AUGUUUUAUACAUCAUUACCAACAAUUGUUCAUAUCUCAAAUGAUGAUUCACAUAUAAAUGAAACUGAUCGUUUUCUUAAUGAGCGUGAUUUACCAGAUUUAUCUAAUCUUGAAGAAACAGAUAAAAAUAAAUUACCAUUUCCAGGUUUUAUAGAAAAAACUUUUUAUUGUCUUCGACAAAGGACACCACCACGUUAUCAAUGUUUAAAACUUAUAACAUGGUCAUGGUUUGAACGUAUAAGUAUUUUUGUUAUUUUGCUUAAUUGUAUUACACUUGGUAUGUAUCAACCAUGUGCACAUCAUACUGAUAUAGAAUUAUCGAAAAAAUGUGAUACACCACGUUGUAUUUGGGUUCAAACAGCAGAUCAAUUUGUUUUUAUAUUUUUUACAAUUGAAAUGUGUAUUAAAAUGAUAGCGAUGGGAAUAUGGGGUAAAGGAACUUAUCUUGCGGACUCAUGGAAUCGACUUGAUUGUUUUAUUGUUCUUACUGGAUUCGUGGAAUUGUUGAUGCCAGGUGAUAAUUUAAGUCUAACAGCUAUUCGUACAGUUCGAGUACUUCGUCCAUUACGUGUCAUUAAUCGUGUACCAUCAAUGCGUAUUCUUAUUAUGCUUCUACUUGAUACAUUACCUAUGCUUGGUAAUUUACUUGUUCUCUGUUUUUUUAUCUUCUUUAUCUUUGGUAUUAUUGGUGUACAAUUAUGGAAAGGAUUAUUACGUAAUCGUUGUUUUUUACAAUUGAAUACGACAAUUAUAGAUAAUUAUGCAAUAUACGAUGAUUUUCCUUUACAAUCUUUUUAUAUUCCUUCUGAUCAAGAUUCAUUUAUUUGUUCUGAUCCAUCAUCGAAUGGAAUGACAAAAUGUUCAGAAAUUCCACAAUUUCAUCGUGAUAAUAUGACAUGUGAACUUGAUUUUUAUUCAUUGAAUUUAUCAUUAACGAAUAAUGUAAUAAAUGGAUGUAUUAAUUGGAAUCAAUAUUAUAAAUUAUGUGCUAUUUCUGAUCAAAAUCCAUUUUCUGGUUCGAUUAGUUUCGAUAAUAUUGGUUUAGCAUGGUUGGCUAUCUUUCAAAUAAUUAGUCUUGAAAGUUGGGUUACUAUAAUGUAUUAUAUACAAGAUGCUCAUUCAUUUUGGGAUUGGAUUUAUUUUGUAUGUCUUAUUGUUAUUGGUUCAUUUAUUAUGAUGAAUCUUUGUCUUGUUGUUAUUUCUGCACAAUUUAGUAUAACAAAAAAACGUGAAACACAACGAAUGUUAACUGAACAAAAACGUUUUUCAGGUUCAUUAAGUACAGUAACAAGUGAUCGAGUAGGUUCUUGUUGGGAAGAAAUAAUUAAAUAUUUUCAACGAUUAUUAAGACAUGCAUGUAAACGAUUCAGAAUAUUCAUGAAAAAUUAUCGACAAAAACAUGAUAAGGCUAAUCAAAGACAUCAUCAAAAAGUAAUAGCAACAAAAAAAUUAUUAACAUCAAAUACAUUACCUUCAUCUAAUGUCAAUAUAGUUUCGUUAACUCCAUUAAUUAAUCAAAAACAUCGACCGAAUUGUCGAUAUUAUCAAUCUCAAUCAUUAUUAGUACCAAUGCCAUUACCAAUAUCGAUUGAUCAUGACACUGAUACAUGUAAUAUUUCUCCAACGUCAAUAAAUGAUAAUUCACUUAUUGAAAAAAAUGAAAAUCUUGAAUUUGAACGGAAUGAACAACUAAUAGAAAGUAAUGAUAUGUGUGAUUGUUAUUAUCAAGAUGAAAUUGUUAAUACGUCCGAUAAUAAUCAAAUAGAAGAAGAAAAAUUAAAAUUUCAUCAACGAUGUAAAAUCUGUUGUUGUUCACAUUUUACAAUGAUACGAAAAUUAAUUUUACGUUUUGUUACUAGUAAAUAUUAUGAUCACAUUAUUCUCUUGGCAAUUGUUACAAAUACAUUUACAAUGGCUAUUGAAUAUCAUGGACAACCACAAUCCUUAACAAAUAUAUUAGAAUAUAGCAAUUAUGUUUUUGUUGUUUUAUUUACAAUUGAAAUGUUAUUAAAAAUAAUUGCUGAAGGUUGUUUAAAAUAUAUUAAAAAUGCAUUUAAUAUAUUUGAUGGUGGAAUUGUUUUAAUCGGUCUUAUUGAAUUAUUUGGAGCAAAAAAUAGUGGAUUAUCUGUUUUACGUACAUUUAGAUUAUUACGUGUACUAAAACUUAUUCGAUUUAUGCCAACAUUAAGACGACAAUUAGUUGUCAUGGCAAGAACAUUGGAUAGUGUUGCAGCAUUUUUAUUAGUAUUAAUGCUCUUCAUAUUCAUUUUCAGCCUUCUUGGUAUGCAUUUAUUCGGUGGUGAAUUUUGUACGCUUGAAGCAUUCAAUAAAACAUCACGUAAACCAAUGGAUUUAAAAUGUCGUUGUUGUACAUGUGUCGAAUGGAAUUUAUUAAAAAAUUCUACUGAUCUCAAAGAUUUAACAUGUGUACAAGAGCGAGCAAAUUUCGAUUCACUUCGUGUUGCAUUAUUAACCGUAUUUCAGAUAUUAACACAAGAAGAUUGGAAUGAAGUACUUUAUAAUGGAAUGGAAAAGACAAGUCCAUGGUCAGCAUUAUAUUUUAUUGCACUUAUGAUAUUUGGCAAUUAUAUAUUAUUUAAUUUACUUGUUGCUAUUCUUGUUGAAGGUUUUUCAAAUGAUAAAGAAGAUAAUUCAACAAAAAGUAAUAAUACUAUGGAUAGAUUGGACAAACCAGAUCCAUUUAAAACACAAGCAAUUAUUACAGGUAAUAUUCAAAUACCUAAGGAACUCGAUGAAUCAACAAGUAUUGAACUCAGUAAUGAUAAUAAUAAUAAUAAUGAUCGACGACAAGAUACAUUAGUUGGUACUUUACUUAGUACAAAUUUUGAUCAAUCAUUUCCAUUAUUAUCAACACAAUAUUUUAUUGUUCAUGAAGGGAAUGCUAUUGAACAAGAAUCGAAUAAUAUAACAAAUAUUGAUCAAAUACCAAGAAGACAUGAAAACAAUGAUAUAAAUACAGAAUCUAAGGCGAAUAAUACUAUACAACUUGCUAGUAGUACUCAACUACCAGUAAAUGAUCAAAAUGAUAUACAAUUAGAUGUGUUAACUGGAGAUGAUAAUAUACAACUGGAAUUAACAACUCAGAAAUCAGGCGUUAUUCGAUCAUGUUUAAGUCGAAUUUGUGGACAACGAAUAUUUGAAUGUUUAAAACAUCGAGAAAACUAUUCACUUUAUCUUUUUUCACCUUCAAAUAAACUACGCAAAAUAUUUCAACGAUUAAUUGUACAAAAAUCAUUUGAUUAUUUAAUUCUUUUCUUUAUUCUUUUCAAUUGUAUUACACUUGCUAUGGAACGUCCAUCAAUUUCUCCUAUAAGUUUUGAACGAAAAUUUUUGAACUAUACUAAUUAUAUAUUUACAGCUAUAUUUACUAUUGAAAUGAUGAUUAAAAUAAUUGCAUGUGGACUUUUUUUCGGACCUCAUACAUAUUUACAUACUGGUUGGAAUGUUAUGGAUGGAUUUCUUGUAAUUAUUUCACUUAUUGAUAUUAGUAUAAUGCAUCAUGGUAGUAGUACAUUAUCUACAAAGUCGGAUACAACAUCACAUAUUAUGGGCAUGUUAAGAGUUUUUCGUUUAUUACGAGCAUUACGACCACUUCGAGUUAUUAAUCGAGCACCUGGUCUUAGACUUGUCGUACAUGCUUUACUUUCAUCAUUGAGACCAAUCGGUAAUAUUGUUAUUAUUUGUUGUGUAUUCUUUAUCAUAUUUGGUAUUCUUGGUGUUCAGCUAUUCAAAGGUAAAUUCUACUAUUGCGAAGGUCCUCUUAUUCGUAAUCUAACAACAAAACAACAAUGUGAAUCUAUGUCCGAUCAUCAAUGGCAAAAUCAACAAUACAAUUUUGAUAAUUUGGGUCAAGCUUUACUAACAUUAUUUAUUCUUUCAUCAAAAGAUGGUUGGGUAACAAUAAUGUAUAAUGGUAUUGAUGCUGUUGAUGUUGACAUGCAACCAAUAAAGAAUUAUAGUGAAUCAAAAUUAAUUUAUUUUAUAUCAUUUAUAUUAAUUGUUAGUUUUUUCGUUUUGAAUAUGUUCGUUGGUGUUGUUGUUGAAAAUUUUCAUAAAUGUCGAGCUCAACAAGAACUUGAAAAUGAAGCUCAAAAUAAAUUAAAAUAUAGAAAAAAACUUGAACGUAAAAAACAUCUUAUGUGUAAAUUACCAUAUUAUACACAUUUUUCACCAUGGCGUAAAUAUUUACAUGAUUUAUGUAUUAAUAAAUAUUUUGAUUUAAUUAUUGCUGUUAUUAUUGGUUUUAAUGUUAUUACAAUGUCACUUGAAUAUUAUUCUAUGCCAUCUAACUUAGAUAAAUUUCUUGAAUAUUGUAAUUAUGUAUUUACGUUUGUAUUCUUAAUUGAAUUUAUAUUAAAAAUUAUUGCACUUGGACCAUCACAUUAUUUUAAAGAUAAAUGGAAUCAAUUGGAUUCAUUUAUUGUACUUUUAUCAAUAGUUAGUAUUGUAAUGGAACAAAUUUCAAGUGAACAUAUUCUUCCAAUAAAUCCUACAAUUAUUCGUGGAAUCAGAGUAUUGAGAAUUGCACGAGUACUUAAACUAUUGAAAGUUGCUAAAGGUGUUCGAGCUCUAUUAGAUACUGUUAUUGAAGCUCUUCCACAAGUUGGAAAUUUGGGUCUUUUAUUCUUUCUUCUUUUCUUUAUCUUUGCUACACUUGGUGUUGAAUUAUUUGGAAAAUUAGAAUGUAGUGAAGAAAAACCAUGUAGUGGUCUUGAUAAACAUGCACAUUUUAAAAAUUUUGGUAUAGCUCUUCUUACAUUAUUUCGUAUUGCAACAGGUGAUAAUUGGAAUAGUAUUAUGAAAGAUACUUUACGUCAAGAUGAUUCCACUAAUGCUGGAAAAAAUUAUUUUAUGACAAUAAUUUCACCUAUUUAUUUUAUUGUUUUUGUUCUUGUGGCUCAAUUUGUACUUCUCAAUGUUGUUGUUGCUGUAUUGAUGAAAAAACUUGAAGAUUCAAAUAAAAUGACAGAUGAUGAUGCUGAAACAUAUGAAGAAAUUGAACAACAACUUGAACCUGAUGUACAUAAUGGAAAUUAUGUUGAACAAUCAUUACUAGACGCAAACACAGUUCAUAUAGAAGAAAAGUAA